AUGCCGCCCAAGCGAAAACAUCCUCGAUCAGCGUAUCGGUCCUCUCUUGCGGAUAACGCCCGCCCCGGAGGACUUACAACUAUGGAUGUUUUACUGAGAUGGAUCACAGUGCCUGGAAAUGUUAAGCGUUGGCGUCUGGAGACGCAUAGCUCGCUUGUUCGUGAAGUUGUGGAGAUCAUGCGGGAGGAGGGAUUGGUACACCGUAAAGCUCCAUUUGUGCGCUAUAAAUUGGACGCCAUUGAAAAACAAUAUAUUACAGCUAAACAGUGGUUACUGGAGACAGGUAUGCACGAUACUUACAUGCGUGGAAAGGCCUCAAAAGAGGUGAAAGCUCAUGUUGAAAAUGUAUGUCCACAAUUCAAGAGAUUGGACCCAGCGUUUAGAGGGGUUCCGUUUAGUAAGAAGAAUGCAGAGCCCAUUGAGCUAGAUGUAGACUGCAAAGAAAACGACGAGAUGAAAAAGAUACAAGAGGAAGAGGAGGAAUUGAGCGGGGCGGAAGGGAGCGAGCCUGAAGUGAGUGAGGUGGAAGGGAGCGACGAGGAAGGGGUUGGGGAGGAAGGAGAUGAGGGGGGUAAAGACGGUAAACAUACGAAGAAAGGAGACAAUAGUGAUCAGUUGGUGGAUCGGCGUGCAAAGAAUGGGAGAAGUUUGGAUCAAGUCACAAAGCCUUUGAGAACGAAGGCUGCGACGUCGACGGAGCUACACAAGAGGAACACAUUUAGAGACCGACUCCUCUCUUCGAUGACUACAGCUGAAAAAAGAGCCUUGUCACCUGCCUUGAUGCAGAAGAAGCCCGCUAAAGCUAAAGAGCAGCUUUUGUCUUUGACGUCUAAUGCCGUUGAGAACGAGGAAGCUUCAACUUGUUUUGCUAAGCCGCAACAGCAGAUCAAUAAGCGAUCUCUGCGGUCGACUAUAAACACAUCUGAAAGACAAAAGUCUUUGGUGCCAGAGAAGGCGAAGACGAGCACAUUAAGAACAAAUCAACAGAUUCAGUGUGCAGCUGUGGAACUAGCAAGAGAACAAGCUGCCUUGGAGGCUGUCACGAGUUCCCCGACCUCUGCCGAAAAGAGAAGAAGGCAAUUAUUAAAGUAUGUCACUGCUGUAAGCUCUGCAAUGAACGAAGCAAAGAAGACUGCAGUGAAUGCGGAUACUACGAAGGAGACGCCGGAAGAAUCGCCGGUUGUUACAAGAAAACGAAAGAUUUUGGAGGAGGAGCUUGGCGCAGUUGAACGAACUCAGAAACAGAGGGAGACGAACGAUGAGCUUAUGGCAAUUGAGCGUAAAGCGCUCCUAAAACGUGUUGAGGAUGAGCAGAAUCAUCGUCAUGAAAUAUACAAGCUAGAACGCUCCAAAUUGGAAUGCGAGCUGAAAUCUAAACAGAUUCAGCUGCUGUUUGAAAAGGCUUCUGCGCGAAAAAAGCUUGAUCAGCUUGGUGUUCCACAGGAAGAAAUUGACCGCAUCUUGCCUAUAUGA